GGACACGCGCUUUGGGCGACAGCAACUCGUUUAAGUUCCCUCCCUCGCCUCCUGGCAGAAGCCGGCCUGAGUCCUCCCACUCGGUGCAGACCGAGCCAUCAUCGCGGCCGCUGCUAGCCGGGGCCCUCCGCGGCCGCGCGUCCUGGGCCCGCUCGGCCGGCCGGGUCCACCCUCCUCCAGUGGCCCCCGCGGAGGCGGCUGCGAGGAGGACUGGGCGGCCCUUGCAGCCCGCGAUCGGUCCUCCAGCAGCGCCGGCGGCGGCCGGGAUCCCAGCCCUCGCGGGCCCCGGACUCUCCCUCCCUGCCAGCCCUGGGAACCUGGCUCCCGGCUCGGGCUGCACCGCCCGGGACCGGGGAGCGCGGCCGCCGAGAAAUCCCCAAUUGGACACCUAUCCUGUUCAUUUCUCUGAGGCCCGAGAGGAAAAUAAAUGAUACUUCCUGCUGCAGGAAGUACUUUAAGAAAGGAAGGAUUCCCGUGACUUCUGCCUACCAUCCCUGAAGUACUCAUUCCUUUCAACUCUGCCUGCAGUGGGACACAAAGGCCCGGAGGAAACUCCCACAUCCUUGAGGAGAAGAAAGGAGGCGGCGACGCGGUUUCAAGGAACUUGUGGCUCCUGUCCUCUGCACCAGGGCUGCCUGCACAAGAGAGAGAAAGUGGAAAGCCCCAGAGGCGGUGAAUGGGAUGUGAGAUGAGGCGCUGCCGCCUCCGCUGCUGCUGCCGCCGCUGCUGACACUCCGGUCCCAGGGUCCACCCCUUGCCCUCUGCGCUCCGUGUACAUGAGUCUGUUCAGCGCAUCCGGAGGCGCGCAGCAGAGCAUCCAACACGGCCGCCGGGGAGAGACCGCCCGCCAUGCCCACGGAGACCCUGCAGGCAGGUAGCAUGGUGAAGCCGGUCAGCCCCGCGGGCACCUUCACCUCGGCGGUGCCCCUGCGCAUCCUCAACAAGGGGCCCGACUACUUCCGCCGGCAGGCCGAGCCCAACCCCAAGCGGCUCAGCGCCGUGGAGAGGCUGGAGGCCGACAAGGCCAAGUACGUCAAGAGCCAGGAGGUCAUCAACGCCAAGCAGGAGCCCGUGAAGCCCGCCGUGCUGGCCAAGCCCCCCGUGUGCCCCGGCGCCAAGCGGGCGCUGGGCAGCCCGACGCUCCGGGUGCUGGGGCCCAGCGCCAAGUCCGAGAGCGGCGGCGGCGGGGGCGGCGUGCACCGGGAGACCCUCAAGCUGGAGAUCCUGAAGAACAUCAUCAACAGCUCGGAGGGCUCCAGCUCGGGCUCCGGCCACAAGCACAGCGGCUCCCGGAACUGGCCUGCGCACCACCACCACCACCGGCCUGACGCCACCGACCUGCACCGACACUCCUUCGCCGAGUCCCUCAAGGUCUACCCCAGCACCAGCAGCACGCCGGGCCGGGGCAGCCCGCAGGAGAGCAGCUCGCAUGUGGGCAGGAGGCUGCUGGAGCAGACGGCUGCAGAGUCCUUCCUGCAUGUGUCCCACAGCUCCUCGGACAUCCGCAGAGUGACCGGUGGCAAGCCCCUGAGAGCCAUCCCCUGCAGCAGCUCCGCCCCUCCCCUGCCCCCCAAGCCCAAGGUGGCAGCCGUGGCCACCACCACGAAGCCCCCCGAGGCCGCCGACCCCAGCGUGGAGCCCGCCUGCGGGGUCAGCCGGAGGCCCUCCCUGCAGCGGUCCAAGUCGGACCUGAGUGACAGGUACUUCCGCGUGGACGCCGACGUGGAGAGGUUCUUCAACUACUGCGGGCUGGACCCCGAGGAGCUGGAGAACCUCGGCAUGGAGAACUUCGCCAGGGCCAACUCGGACAUCAUCUCCCUCAACUUCCGCAGCGCCAGCAUGAUCAGCUCGGACUGCGAGCAGUCUCAGGACAGCAACAGCGACCUUAGGAACGAUGACAGUGCCAACGACCGGGUGCCCUACGGCAUUUCGGCGAUCGAGAGGAAUGCCAGGAUCAUCAAGUGGUUGUAUAGCAUCAAGCAGGCCAGAGAGUCCCAGAAGGUCUCCCACGUGUAAGAAGAGACACACAGCGCCCGUAUGCGAAGGAGGGAGAAAGGGGGUGGGUCUCUUUGUCUGUGCAUCCGCCGUCGUGAAGGUCGUGAGGUCUCUCCUUGAAGUGUUGUGAGCUUCUCCACUCUUCUUUGUGUUGCUCGUUGUGCAAUGUUUUCCAAGUUGCAUGCCUGUCAACAAAAGGGGACUUGACCCCGGCAGUCCCGGUCACACAACCAUCAUCGCUGCAGAGCCUGGCUGAACACACACGUCACCUGCCAAAAAAAAGUUUCAGGCCAGAACCUGAUGUGAGGGCUUUGAUCUCAAGCAAAACUGUUUACACACACGAAAAACGGUAUACAACUUCUUCAAUAUUUAUGUGGUUCUUGUGUUUUAUACCCCACUCUAUUGUGUCUUAAUUAAAAGUUUUACCAACUGGCUUUUAAGUUGAGAGGAGCAUCUUUUUGAAAAAAAAAAAAAAAAGCCAAUUUGCCUACGUGUGACACCCAAACAAGAGGGAAAUAAAUGGAAUCUGCUAACCACACGGAUAGGAUAACUGACCUGAGCUAGAACCAGGCUGGGUUUUCUGAGGAAAGAAAGUGGUGAGGCUGAGGUUAAUUCCUUACACACUGCAAUGCUCUUGCCCCUUGCUCAAGUAACAGUUGGGGCAACAAUGCUACGUCCUGUGUCCUAUGUAGUGUGUAAAUAAAAACUGGUGGCUCUGCAUAAUACUGACCCCAAGAAAAGACAAUCAGGUACAAUGAAGGUGGUUAUAUCUAGGAGGUUGAAUGUCCGGGGUUCUGUUGAUAGUCUUCUGAUUUGGGUUGAUGCAGAAGUUUCUACUAUUAUUCUUUUUGACAAGAAUGGCCACUUUGAAGUUGUUACUCAAUGUCUUUAAAUUGGGGGAAGAGGGGCUAUUUUUGGUCAUGCUGAGUCUCUUUCCUCCUUCCUGCCCUUUCUUUAUUGUUGUUUUAUUUGGGAGAGAGGACAAGGGAGUGUGCAGGUCUGUGCUGUCUGAAGACAUGAACACACAGACACACGGAAAUACCAGCCAUAUUAGCAUAGAGCAGUGGUCGGCAAACUGCAGCUCGAGAGCCACUUUUUGCUGCUCUGUUGACUCAUGAGUUUGCCGACCACUGGUAUAGAGCCUCCUUUUCAACAGUGAACGCCUUUGGUGGCUGAUCAUAUCUGAGAGGUGUGAUGGUGUUGUCUUGCCUAUGUUAUUCCCUCAGGCUCUGGGCCUUCGUUACAGCUCUAGGAAACUAGAAACACACACUAUAUAGGUCUCCCUUGCCCCCGUGGUCUCUAGUGCUACAUAUCAACUCGUUCCCUUUCUCCCCCCCUGCCCCCCAAUAACCUGUCUUCCAGUUAGCUGUCAACCAGCUGACAGUUGUGUUGUUGUAGCAAAAGGUACACAUGCAGUGGUCUGCUUCAUUGCUCUUGUACUUACGCUCUGAAAUUCAGGAGCCCUACCUUAGACUUCGUCAGCUAAUAAGAAACUUUUUUAUGGUGUAAAUGCUGUAAGACUUUGUACAUACUUCAGUUGUUAUGAAAACUUGAAGAAAA